CUAUAAAACAAGCCAUCCGCGAAACAAACUCGGCCCACAAAGACGUCAUAUUCUCCCUUCCCGUCGACUUCCUCCUCUUCCCUCGCGUCUCCGGAUCUCGCCAUGGACGCCGUCGACUCCGUCGUGGACCCCCUCCGCGAGUUCGCCAAGGACAGCGUCCGCCUCGUCAAACGCUGCCACAAGCCCGACCGCAAGGAGUUCACCAAGGUGGCGGCGCGGACGGCCAUCGGGUUCGUCGUCAUGGGCUUCGUCGGCUUCUUCGUCAAGCUCAUCUUCAUCCCCAUCAACAACAUCAUCGUCGGAUCCGGCUAGAUUGGAGGCUGGCCAGCAUGGAGACGGCGCAAACAUUUUGAGAGCAAUCGAGCAAGGGACUAGUCGCUAGUGCGCUGUCUUACAGUAGACACCCAAUGUUUAUUGACCUAUUCGAAAAGUUAUUUGUGAAAACAGUUAACUUUGUUCUGUUUGCGAGAAAUUGUCGGCAGCCUAAUUGCUGUGAAAUCGUCGUACUGAGUAGACCUUGAAUUAGCGAGUUAUAUAAACUUGUUUUGUCAUAUUCUCCUGGUGAAAAACUAGUACAGAACUGGCAUC